UUUCGUGCGCUGUCUAGAUAUCUUCGUCUUCACGCGGCCGCAGUAUUUAUGGAUGAAUAUUUCAGGAAUUAUCCAGAUUUAACAAUGAAUGCCAUAGCCUCCCAAUUUUUCCUCGUCUGCUACAGCCUUGUUUUCCUUUUUCAAGGAGGAACCUGCUCUGAGGCAGAGCAUAAAUUGUUUUCCAUGAUCUUCUCCAAAUACAACCAGUACAUCAGACCAGUGGAGAAUGUUUCAGACCCUGUAAUAGUCCAGUUUGAGGUCUCAAUGUCCCAGCUGGUUAAAGUGGAUGAGGUCAAUCAGAUUAUGGAGACCAAUUUGUGGCUACGGCACAUAUGGAAUGACUACAAACUCAGAUGGGAUCCCAGAGCUUUUGGAGGGGUAGAAUUUAUUCGUGUGCCUUCCAACAGGAUUUGGAAGCCAGAUAUUGUGUUGUACAACAAUGCAGUGGGAGACUUCCAGGUGGAUGAUAAAACCAAAGCUCUUCUUCGCUACAAUGGAGAUGUGACAUGGAUCCCACCAGCCAUCUUCAAAAGCUCCUGCAAGAUCGAUGUUACCUACUUUCCCUUUGACUACCAGAACUGUACCAUGAAGUUUGGGUCAUGGACUUAUGACAAGGCCAAGAUUGAUCUGGUACUGAUAGGUACUACGAUCAACCUGAAGGAUUUCUGGGAGAGUGGGGAGUGGAUGAUUAUCGAUGCUCCAGGCUACAAGCAUGACAUCAAAUACAACUGUUGUGAGGAGAUCUACACCGACAUCACCUACUCUCUCUAUAUCCGUCGCCUGCCUCUUUUCUACACCAUCAACAUGAUCAUCCCCUGCCUACUCAUUUCCUUCUUGACGGUCUUGGUGUUCUACCUGCCAUCGGACUGUGGCGAGAAAGUGACGCUCUGCAUCUCCGUCCUGCUCUCCCUCACUGUCUUCCUCCUGGUCAUCACCGAGACCAUCCCUUCUACCUCCCUCGUCAUCCCGCUGAUCGGCGAGUACCUCCUCUUCACCAUGAUCUUCGUCACCCUCUCCAUCGUCAUCACAGUGUUUGUGCUCAAUGUGCAUUACCGAACGCCUAAAACCCACACCAUGCCGCACUGGGUGCGCAGUGUGUUCCUUGGCCUCCUCCCCAGGGUCAUGUUCAUGACCAGGCCAGAGAGAGAUCAUGAGAGGCACACAGGCUCCAGAGGCCCAGCUCAGUCCUGCGUCCUGCGCAAUCCUGCCUACUUCCCCCAGCAUCUCAUCAAACAGCAGAGCCUUCCGGGGGCCCUGCCGCCACGCACUCCCCUCUUCCUCAGCACAGAACUGAAUAUCCUAGGUCAGGUUGCUAAGGUGGGCUCGAGUUUCCCGUGCCAAGAGGGGAGGUGUAACUGCUGCUUGAGGCAAUGCUCCAGCAAACUGCCCACAGACAGACGUGCAGGCAAUGCAGGGGCAGGGGUGGGAAGUCUGGGAGCCGUCAGUGGGACGGUGGGGGAACAAAGCCCUUGUUCAAGCUCAGAGUCUUUGGAUGGGGGACUUUUGACUCUCUCUGCACUCUCACCAGAGAUCCAGGAAGCUAUAGAAAGUGUUAAGUAUAUUGCAAAGAAUAUGAAGCUACAGAAUGAAGCCAAAGAGGUCCAGGAUGAUUGGAAAUAUGUUGCCAUGGUGAUCGACAGAAUUUUUCUGUGGGUUUUCAUUCUGGUGUGCAUUCUGGGUACAGCUGGACUCUUUCUGCAGCCCCUCCUUCUUGGGGAAGACAUGUGAUGCUUGCACACAUGCAGACUGUGUGACUGGUCCACCCACUUUAAACAGCCACACAUGAAAUGUCUGCACCAAUUUUAAGGCAGAAAAUGGAGGACGCAAAGUGCUCAAAACUCCCUGUCUAGAUUCCCUUCCUUAAGAAGACUUAAGUGUACUAUUCAAAUUUCCUUCCAAUUUCCUAAAGAAACAAAAGUAAUUUAAAUGUGUUAUGCUUAUAAAGUUCUUAUAGAGUACCUAUAAAGUGAAGCAUCAAUCCGGAAUUGUUUUUUAAUAGAAUUUUGAUGUAGUUCCUGAUAAUCUGUUAUAGUGUCUUUAAUGCCAUGUGUGGAUUACAUUUUUUAAAAACAAAUAAAAAUGGCUUCAAGGUUACCAUUAAUCAAGUUUUGUCACAACAAAGAUUUUUGCGGGGACUGACUCUAUGCUAAAUACAAUAUCAUUAUUUGUUCACUUGAUUUCUUUUGUCCAAAUUUGGAGGAGAGUGCCAUCAAGUGGGUAAAUUAAGCCAGUACCAGCCAUUUAUUCUUGUUUUACAAUGUACUGUGCUAUUAUUACUUUUAUGCUGUUAUGACAUCUCGGUUACAAAUUGGGGUUUGUGACUGUUGGUUACAGAUCAACCAGUAAAAUGUGCU